UUUGAGAGACGAAUUCAAGUCAAAGUAGUUUAUAGAUGAGAAAACAGUCGAACAGCAGUUACAAUAAAUGUAUUGUGCUCUGCUGUGCUGCACUGUCCUGGGGUGUCUGUUCACUCUGUUGAGCAGCCUCUGGCCAAGCCCUCCUCUGCCUGUUGCAACAGUGUCUGAUUUAGACUGGCACAGGUUUUGAGAGACCUGCAUAUCAAGAAAACCCCCAAAGACAAAGUAACAUGGCGAGUCUUUUUGGCGACAUCAUGAAAGUGGAAACCAGUGGUGCUUCAGAGAAAACGGCCAAACAAGACAAGCUGUCUGUCAAAGGGGUGGAGGCAUCCCACAAGAUGGCGGAAAUUGAUAUGAAGAGAAUGAACCAGUACAAGAGCAUGGUGCAAACGGUGGGCCUUUCAAAAAGCCUGGAUCCGGCCAUCAUAGCAGGAAUCAUGUCCAGGGAGUCCCGAGCCGGUGCUGCUCUGGACAACGGCUGGGGAGACCAUGGCAACGGCUUUGGUCUUAUGCAAGUCGACAAGCGUUUCCAUAAGCUAGUUGGCGAGUGGGACAGCAAGGAGCAUGUGAACCAGGCAACAGGGAUUCUUGUUGAUUUUAUCAACAAAAUCCAGAAGAAGUUCCCUAAAUGGCCAAAGGAACACCAGCUCAAAGGGGGAAUAUCAGCCUACAAUGCAGGGGACAAAAAUGUCCAAACCUAUGAGCGUAUGGAUGUGGGCACCACCGGGGAUGACUAUUCCAAUGACGUGGUGGCUCGGUCACAGUGGUUCAAAACUCAGGGCUUCUAAAGUUUCCCCAAGCUUCAGUCCUUGAUAAUGAGAAUAGGAGAAUAAUUGCUAGAUAUGUUGACUGUACUGCAAAAAAAUAUAUAUUCAGUCUCAUUUAUUCUCUCUACUGGCAUGUGAUGUAGGCUAAUGUUGUGAUGAUCAUGACUCGUUUGAAAGGUUUUUCCCACAAUAAAAGAUCAUGCUUUGUUUAUCAAUGGCCA